UGAAAGCAAAAGAAAAGAUGCAAGCCCUGUAUCAAAAAGUAGAUGAGAAGUUCUAUGAACAGUUUGGAUUUAAAAUUAAGGAAGCGAGUAUGGAUAAACUGGUGGAUUACAUGUAUACUCCCAAGGAUUCCUCCAGUUUGGCUGUCACGAGGAUUCUAUUUGGUCUAGCAAUGCUGUUCGAUAUCCCUGACGAGCGAGGGGGUGCUACAAUGGACAAGCGCUGGGGAGACCCCAACACCUGUCACUUCCCGCUGUUCCCGGGGCUGACGGCUGUCGGCAUGCCUUAUAUGGCACUGGUAUAUGCGGCCUUGUGGAUCGGAGCGCUAUGCAUAAUGCUUGGCUACAAGUUCCGCAUUACCGCGCCGAUGUUCACGAUCUGCUACUGGUACCUGCUCCUCAUAGAGAAGUCCUUCUGGAACAACCACAGCUACCUGUUCGGACUGGUUGCUUUGCUACUCAGCUGUACGGAGGCUGAGUGUUAUUGGUCAUUGGACGCAUACCUUGACCCAAGCAAGCGGAAACCUACAGUUCCAUACUGGAAUUAUUUUGUACUGAAAUACCAAUUCUUUAUACUGUACUUCAUGGCUGGAAUGAAGAAGGGAACUGCUGAAUGGCUUACUGGGUAUUCCGUCCAGAAUCUUAGCGAACAUUGGGUGUUUGACCCUUUUAAAUACUUCCUAACGGUCCAGCAGACAGAUUACCUGGUGGUGCACUGGUUCGUGUUCGUCUUCGACCUGACGGUGGCUCUGUGGAUGAUGUGGUCUAUCACCAGGCACGUGGCCAUGGUGUUCUGUGCCCUGUUCCAUCUGAUGAACAGUCGCCUGUUUCGGAUAGGAAUGUUCCCAUGGGUCUGCCUGGCUACAAUGCCUUUAUUCUAUCCAUUUGAUUGGCCGAAAACAAUCGCAUCAUACGCUUUCGACUAUUAUACUAAAGUCAAACGUAGUGUUUGCAACAAAAUUCAACAAUACAGAAAGAACUCCGAUUGUGACUGCAAUAUCAACAAUUCUGAUAAUGACAAGGAAGAAGAUAAAACUAUGAAUGUUGAUGAAAAAGAAGAUUCGUCUAAAAGCAAACAAAUCAUCAAAAGUGCAGAAACAAAUACUGAACCUGAUGACAAAGUUAAUGAUUGUAAUGAAAAAGCAAAUAUCGACAACGUAUUUGAUCAAAAUGAAGACAAAAUGACUAAAAUAGAUGAACAAAAACCUACAAAUGAAAGACCUGAAAGUAGUAGUAUUGAAAAUAAUAACAAUAAAAAUAAAGUAACAAUAUACCUAAUUUUCUUAUACGUUUUCAUUCAAGCGUUUCUGCCGUAUUCACACUUUAUAACAAAGGGCUACAAUAACUGGACCAAUGGGCUCUACGGCUACUCCUGGGACAUGAUGGUCCACACGUGGGACAUCAGCUCCGUCGUCGUCAAAAUCGUGGACAACGAAAGACAAGAGGAAAUCUACAUCGACCCCGAACUUUACACCCUCAACGACAGAUGGUCCAAACACGGCGACAUGCUCAUUCAAUACGCUCACUGUCUCAAGAACAAUCUAGAAAUAAUGAAAAAAACCAAAUUGCAUAGUCCAUCGAAGGCUUUGUCCAGCAAUAUCUCUAUCUACGUAGAUAUCUGGUGCUCAAUGAACGGCAGAUUCGUCCAAAGAAUGUUUGAUUCGAAAACUGAUUUGCUUAAAGCAUAUUGGUCCCCAUUUUCUGAAGUUCCUUAUCUAAUGCCCUUGUUAGAUGAAGCAGUUCAUUGGAGAAAGGAUAUGGAUGAAAUAAGAAGCGAAGUCCAUUCUUGGAGUGAACAUAGCGAUGUUAUAUUCUUUGCUGAUUUUCCAGGUUACGACCAAGAAAAGUACAUUCCACUGGAGCUUCAAAAUGUCACGCUAACCGUCCUAGAAGGUCAAGUGGUGUUCGAGCCAGAGGUGACCACAAAGCAAAUAGGACAGUCCUUCAAGCUGACCAAUGGCCAUCGCAUUCACGUCCAUUCUGGAAUGUUCCACAGAGUUCUGAACGUCGGGAAAGAUCCCGCCUUUUAUAUGUACACUUUCUUUAAUGCAACUGAUGUGAAUUUAGAUCAGAAUAAUGCCUAUAACACUAAGUUGCCGAUCUUUCGAGAACUUUUCAGAAGAUUUACCAACAUGUUCGUGUUUGGCAAGUUGGUAGUUAGUAAUGUUUUUCAAUUGUUUAAAUAUUCACAAUGUAGCUCUUCUUGAAUUAUUCAGUGGUAAAUUAUUUCAUGGCUGUAUGCUUUAUGUAGGUACAUAAGUACCAUUGUGUUUUGAUUAUAUUCUCAUUAAUUUCUUUAGAAUAGCUAAGUAAUAAGGCUAAGCAUGGAUCAAAGUCGUGGAUACACACAUUAGAUUUACUUACCACGAUGGUAAAAAAUGGACAUAAAAUAAAAUGCGUUUUCUCAUAAAUCAGAAAAAGCUAUUUAUUAUGCUGGCUUAAAAUAGGGACAAAAUCCCUACCUAUUUUAAUUACAGGUACAAAUUAUGUAACACAUAUUAUAAUUUUAAUUUACUAGACUAAAUUCAGAAAUUCGUUAUGUACAAUACGAGGCAGGCCGCUCCCUGAAAAAUGUGGAGGGGCCAGAACCAGAAUUAUUUAACCUUUCAAAUAACGGUCAACACAAAAAAAAAUAUUCUAUUGUUUGCUGAAAAUAGGAGAACUUCCGCUGUUGAAUAAAUGUAACUAUCCAAGCAAAUGUACCAACCUUGUUUGUAUAAGGUACCUACCACCAAUAAGUACAUACAUGUUAUUGUGAUGUCUUUUGAGGUAGCAUUGAACCUACUAGCACAAAAUACAUAGGUACAGAAGUCAAUCUACAUACAAAGCGCGUUCGAGUCACGCAGACAUAGGUGUCUAUGUGUGCGUGUUCACAGACGCGCUGUCUCAAAACAACUCAAAACAGUGCGAGCGCGGCUGCCGUUUUCUUGAGAUACGCGCGUCACACACAAGGUAGAUAAAUGUGCACGCGUCUGUAAUUUGACUGUAAUAUUUUUAAUUUUAAUAACAAAAGAAAAAGUAAUAAUGGAGCAACAAAAAGUCGUAUUAUAAUUGUUCAGUGGACGGUUGUUUUUAUACAAAAAUAAACAGUGAAUUGUCGUUUUUUUAGCCUGCCGUAUUACCUUUAGUACCUAUGUACCUACUUAUUUUCUCAUAUUUCGAUGGUUCGAUUAAUAAACGCAGUAGGUAGGUACAGUUAGGUGGGUAGGUAAGCCCCCCGGGGAGGCCUCUGGCCCAAUGCCGAAAUAAGUUUUGCUAGUGUCGACCCAGGCGAACGUGCCUACCUACCCUCAAAGAUUAUUACUAGUAGGAGUUGAUAAUUUUUGUGAUCAUGGCGAGAGUAUGUUGUAAGGUAGACGAAAUAAAACUCGCACAUCAAGGUUUCUGUAGGCAGAAGCAAGCUUAGAACAGGGACUGUACCAGCCCAUUACAUACAAAAAUAUUUUUUUCACAAGUAAAGAGUAGGGUAAGUAUAUAUGUAUGAAUAACAAAAUUAUAAAUUGCGGUUUCUGAAAAAGUUCGGUAUCUCGUUCAAACGAAUUUCCGUUGAAAGUGUUUAUUAACCUCUUGUAUGCCACAUUAAUUUUUUGAUUAUUAUUGGUUUAUAUUUCAUUUUUCCUGUUUUAUUCUCAACAAUACAUCAAAUAAUUAGAUACGAGUACCACUACCACGUUAGUUUUAUGCGCAUAAAAAAGUUGACAACCCUAGCGCGACCGCCGAGUUUAGGCAUGAAAAGUAAAGUACAUACAUGAGAUUGACUUCUGUACCUAUGUAUUUUGUGCUACUAGUCAUAAUUUAUUAGUAAGUGAGUUACAUGACUCAAUGUGUUAUCGUAGCUUUCACAUUUAAAAGUGUAAAUUAAAACUACUUGAAAUAAUCCACACAUUGUCAAGAAUUUGAAAGCACGCGGGCUCGUAAGCCGGUAAGCUGCGGGUACGGGUGAACACGCGGGAUAAACGGUAUUGCCAGUCUUUACAAUUUCUUAACAAAAAUAUAACAUCAUAUUUCCGAUCAAACUUUCUGUUAUAUAGACAAGGCAAUAGCAUUUAUUAACACCCUGUCAUUUUAUUAUGUAAUCCCAAAUAAAAAUGUAAUCCUUACAAUCUGUAAGUAAAAAUUAAAAUCAAAUGCUACUACACUGUGAACGCAUCAUAAACCAGUGUUGCCAAUAGUGCAGAAUAUUUGUAUUAUGUAGUUU